UUCACGUAAGAUGGAGGUUUGAAGGUGCAGCCGCUGUACAUGGUUAUAGAGGCUAUCAAAACGCCUUGGUGUUUUCAUUUAGCUAAGAGCGUAGAAGUGAUUCCCAAAAAAAAUCCGUGGUCCCAGUGUAAAAUUCCGGAGCUCAGAAAGAUUCCUUAGAUCACCUUCCCAACUGCUGUGAAUAAAUCUUGAGAAGAACAGUUUUAGACAGGACGUGUACUUGGCGGUGUUGCUGUACUGUCAACAAUCUAGCUAGCAGGCUAACUGUCAGCUGCUACACCCGUAUCAGUUAGCAUUAGCUAACUCGUAACUAGCCUUCACCGUGUCCCACUCGGUUUUUCCUCUGCUGUGAAACAUCACUGCUGCUUGCCACAUCGUGCCAUAGGAUGUCCCGUAGCCCUGAGGUGAAAGACGAUCCAAUGGAGUGCCCUCUCUGCAUGGAGCCCCUGGAGAUCGAUGACGUUAACUUCUUUCCUUGCACCUGCGGCUACCAAAUCUGCCGUUUCUGCUGGCAUCGCAUCCGCACAGACGAAAACGGCCUCUGUCCUGCUUGCAGGAAGCCCUAUCCAGAAGACCCAGCUGUAUACAAACCCCUGUCUCAGGAAGAGCUGCAGAGGAUAAAGAACGAGAAAAAGCAGAAGCAGAAUGAGCGCAAGCAGAAGAUCACAGAGAACCGCAAACACCUAGCCAGUGUGCGUGUUGUCCAGAGGAACUUAGUGUUUGUUGUGGGGCUUUCGCAGAGGCUUGCUGACCCAGAGGUCUUAAAGAGGCCGGAAUAUUUUGGGAAGUUUGGGAAGAUCCAUAAAGUGGUCAUCAACAACAGCACCUCAUAUGCUGGCUCACAGGGUCCUAGCGCUAGUGCCUAUGUCACAUAUAUUCGGUCAGAAGAUGCCCUUAGAGCUAUACAAUGCGUCAACAACGUAGUAGUAGACGGCAGAACUCUUAAGGCAUCUUUAGGUACAACAAAGUACUGCAGUUACUUUCUAAAAAGCAUGCAGUGUCCCAAACCAGACUGCAUGUAUCUACAUGAGCUAGGUGACGAGGCAGCCAGUUUCACAAAAGAGGAGAUGCAGGCAGGAAAGCAUCAAGAAUACGAACAGAAACUUUUACAAGAGCUCUACAAAAUGAACCCGAAUUUCCUACAGACAUCCACUGGGACUGGGGAAAAGACAAAAAGCAAACCAGGCUCUGUACAGAGUUCCAAUAAUAUCAAUAAAGAUGCCUGGCCAUCAUUACAGCCCAUGGGAAAGACACCCAAUGGGCUUCCAGAACUCCGCAAGAGCCCGCCUCUGGAUGGAGGCUCAGACUGUGAACACUUGACUCCUGACGGGACAGAAUCUGAGCUUGGACUCGGACCUCUCCCAGCCCUCUCGCCUUUCUCUUCAAACUGUGAACCUGCCAGUCCUAGUGAUAAGCCAACAGAAGCCAUCAGUAUAGGAAACGGAGAAACACCACAGAUCCCCAGCAGUGACUCGCCAUCGCCACCUCCAGGUCUGUCCAAGCCGUGUCUGGUGAUGCCUGCAAACGUAGCUGGUUUAACAGUGCGGUCACCCUUUGAAGGGGCAGGCACCGAGUCGCAGUCACUAUUCUCUGACAACAGCAACUUCAGACAUCCAAACCCAAUCCCCAGUAGCAGCAGUGUUCCUGGUUUCCCAAACUCCACACAGAACAAUACAGACUGGCCCACCGCUCCUGAACCACAGAGCCUGUUUACAUCAGAUACCAUACCAGUCUCAUCCUCCACAGACUGGCAAGCGGCCUUCGGCUUCGGAUCGUCCAAUAAGCAGCAGGAGGACGACCUUGGCUUUGACCCGUUCGACAUCACAAGCAAGGCACUUGCUGAUCUCAUUGAGAAGGAGCUUUCAGUACAGGACAAAUCUUCAUUGCCCAUGAGCCAUAUGACCCCAGCACCAGGUUUCCCUCCUUACAUCCCCAGUUUGCUUCACAGUGCCAAGGGCCCAAUGCUGCCUCCUCCUGCCUCAUCCACACACCUUCCCCCGAACUGUGGGCUGGCCCCGCAAGCCUUUUCCCACCAUCUCCAACAGCCCCAGCUCUCCCAGCGCCUUAGCUAUGGCCCCUUCAGCUUGCCUGGACACACACAGACACUAGCAUCUCGCCACAGCUGGCUGACGACAGCACGCGCCAACUUGCCACAUCUAAACCACACCACACAACAUAGCAACAGCUUCAUGGACUUGAGUUUGCCACCUCAACAACAGCAGCAGCAUAGUACAGGUCUAGGAGGAAUCCCAAUUACAGAAAACAGCAAUUUGGUAGAGAGUAUAAAUGUUAAAGAGUGGCAAGAUGGCCUUCGUGCUCUUUUACCCAACAUCAACAUCAAUUUCGGUGGCUUGCCCAACUCCUCGUCUUCCUCAUCUUCAUCCUCCUCCUCCUCCUCAUCCUCGUCCGGUAUGAACCACACGGGUGGCAUGACGCACAGCCUGAGCUGGGACGGCACGGCCAGCUGGAUGGACCCAGCGAUCAUCACAGGUACGAUACCAAGUGUCCCAGCAACCUCGGCCAACUGUCUGGACUCUCUUCAGGACGAAAGUCCCCCACAUUGGCUAAAAUCCCUGCAGGCCCUGACAGAGAUGGACGUACCCUCUGGCUCCACAGUACCCCCUCAGCCCUCACACAGUACACCCUUUAAUGCCCAGAUGUCUCUCCACAGAGCCAGCUGGGCACCUUACCUGCCCCCAGGCACUGCCAGUGCUGUCAGCCAGUUCCAUUCUCCCCCACCAGGUUUCCAGACAGCAUUCAGAGCCUCGGCUCAGCCCCCCACAGACCUGCUGCAGAGUGCUGGACUGGACCGCCACUAGGGACUGAGACACUGAAUCCCCCUUCCAUUACUCUGAGAAAACCCAACACACACAGCAAGAUGAAUAAAAAUGAAAAUACAAACCUGUUAACAGAGUAAUUAUGGGAUUAUGUAUUCUUUUUUCCUGCCACUUUAUGACUUUUGAGCUCAUUUUAACUCUUGGUUUCAUUUUCCUCAGUUUAGAAUUUUGGUUCAAGUUGCCUAAAUGCUCUUAUCCCAGCAUAAGCAAGGAAGUUCUUGAAAAAAGCAUUGUUAAUGAGAGAGUUGAGUAAGGAAUUUGAUGAUGAUGAUGAUGAUCAUGAAACAUAUGUCCAUGUGGAAAUUCUGAAAGUGAAUGGAUUAGAGUACUAAAAAUAUUCCAUUGAAACAUUUAAAAGCUUUAAAUCUGUAUCAAGUAAGUACCCAUUCUCUCUGUGUGCACAACCAAGAAGCCCUUUCUUACGAACAUUUAAAGCUGACAUUCAAAGAAAUGAAGCAAAGAUUCAACAAAUCUAGACUUUUUUUCAUUGAAUGGUGAGCCUUUAACUCCGAUCCUUUCUUCAGGUUUUAGAAAGAGUCCUUUUUAGAAGUGAGAAGUUAAUGCUGAGCGUGGUUACAGCUUACACACCAUGCCUUAAAACGCCACCAGGAUAUGUCCUCAAUCACACUCCCUUUUUUCUAUAUGUGGUCUUUCAGGUACUUGUUCAUGACCCUCUUACCAGCUGACUGGUACCAGGAUGGGAAAGUGGCUUUCCAGCUGCAACACUGGACCUAACCUCUGUAUCAGAGGGCCGUGCGUUGCACAGAGAAAAGGCGCAAACCUCUGUUUUAAAGAACAAGCAAGCUGUAAGAGCCCUUUGAACAAAGGGAAGGCGUAGCAGAUGGAGCACCACCGUGUGGUGAUUUACAUAGCUGUCAUUACUUGAAAAGGACAUCAUGAUAUCCGUGUGCGUUUUUAGAAUAUAUAUUCACCCAUGAAGCAACAUGUCGGAAGGUACAAAAUCAUCAUGCAUCUCCAUUCGUCACUGAGAAAAGCACUUGAGUGUGUUCUUUGCACCGAUGGGUGUCAGACAGGAGAAAACUUAUUAGAGGUACAAGCUGUGUUUCAGUGAUUUAGUGCAAUGAAAAUUCAGUUGUUAAUUUGACUCACUCUGAAGACCAUUUUAAGAUUGUCAGAAAAGAUAACAGGAAAGUGAUUGAUUGUUUUUCCUUAUAAUAGACAGAUAAUCUGGCCAUGUUGCUAGUGAAAGCUGGGAUAGCAGCACUGGUAGGCAACAGAGCUUUUCUCUUCCCCCCUCAUCAGAGGUCAUAAAAAUGCACUCUCUUUCUACUUCUGCCCAUUUUCUUUUAACAGUCUUAAUUCUGUAUCACGUAUGUAGGUUCUUGCCAACUGUUCAGUAUCCAGCAGUAUUCAAGAGCAGUGAUUAAAUUAAAAAUCUUAAGAUAAACCAGUACAAUUUAACUAUUGGUUUUACUCAGUGAUAAAAAAAUUAAGAAAAGUUCAAAUGAAGCAUCAAAAGGAAUUGUAUCUCUGCAGGUCUGAAAGAAAAAGACAACAAUCUUUAAUAAAAAGAUUAAAUAUGAA